GCAACGGCCUGAGGGACAGUGAACUGGCCCCCUGCUUAAAAAGUUUGAGGACCCCUGGAUUAAAGCCACCCUUUUAGGAACCCAGAACAUGCCAGUGUUAAAGGUUCUCAUUUAGACCAAUCCUGCAGGUAGAGAUUCACCAGAGUUACAGCUGCAGGAACUGAGGCUAGCCAUGGUGAAUUAACGCGCUGUGUUUGGUGUUCUCUGGCUCGCGUGUGGGUUUGGGGGCUGAGGAGUGGCACCCUGGCUGUGGCCAGAGGAAGGUAGACCCCUCUGUUAGUAAGCAACAGAACCAGGAUUCAAUCUGCAGAUGCUGGCUCCAGUCUGCACGCCUCGUGCCAGCCAGGUGGCACUAAUGGCACGGAGGGAAAGCAAGGCCCCUCAAGGCCAAGUCUUCAUCUAUGAAGGGCUGAAUGCUUCUGAGCUUUGGAAUUCAUUGUCUCUGGGUUAAUGAGUGAAUUCUGAGCUCUAGGCUCACAUGGGCCCAGAACAGGUCCACCUUCUCAGGCAUAGCUGCUUUCUCUGCUCCUGAAACUGACUACCCUGUCUGAAGCCACCACCACUAACCCACCACUGAGAGGACACCUAGCCUCCUCUCAGAGCCCUGUGUCACCCCUAAACGUGCUGGCGCUUUUGCGGUAGGCUAGGUGAGGCAGCCACAAACUUCAUCUCAUCUGUUGGCAACUCAUAAAGCUUUUUCAACUAGAAAGGAUCAUGUCAGCUUGCUUCUGCCUAACAAGAGAGCUUCUCGGAGCGGCAGGUUGAAAAAGACAUCACAAUUCAAUUAAAAUCUUCCUCCUUUGAAUACUCCCAGAGGGUGAAGGACACUCGGAAUGUGUGAGAAAUCUAAUUUAUAGAUUUAGUGUCAGGAAAUGGAAUUGUUAACAAUUAACAGCUAUGUUUAAGCAGUGGGUGCGGAGCCAGGAUUAUCAAGGCUCCACCCUCCUCAGCAAGCCAUUGAACCUCUCUGAGCCUCAGUUUCCUCAUCUGUAAAAUGGCCAGCACAGCCAUCAGCUGUGUUGUGGGAAUGAGGAAGAUUAUGCAUGUAAACAGCAUCUUAUUACUGUAUCUUCCUGCCUGUACUUAACUGGAUCAGCAGACCUUUUCCUUUUAAAACUGUAUCCAUUUGAGCAACUAAACAAUACAGAAAGGUAAACAGGGAUAGCAGGAAAUAGCUUCUUAAAGCCUACCGACCUCCCUACUGUGGACCCUGUUUCUAAAGACACCGUGUGUAGUUACGGAGCACACGGCAUCCUGUCUUCACUUUUCCAGGAUCAUAAUUUUGUACAGUUCUUCCCAUUUCCACCUUGUUCUCUGAAUCCUCUGUCAUCCCCCUGGCAGAACAAUAGUCCACUCCCGGACACCACCGGGAGCUCGGGCUGUUUCUAGUUCCAGCUGCAGCAAAGCACACAGCUGGGAACGCUGCCUCGUCUUCUCGGGACAGGGUUGGCUUCGCCCGACCAGUUCUGAAAUAGAAAAAGCCAGACGACGUCUUCCUGCUGAUGCAACCAAACUAGGCUGCCAGUUAGAAAUACAGACUCCUGGGCCCUGCUGCUGGGUGUGUCCGGGUUUAAUCAGUCUGGACCUGGGACUCCGGAAUGGGUGUUUUUAGGUUUGGGAGCCACGGUGGAGGGCCCUCCCCCAAAAUCCAAGUUUAGAUUUAAGGUAGAACGGAGAAAAAUCAGGAAACUCAGGAAUUAACUCAGGGUCACCAGUGACCUUCCCAAAGCGAUCUCUGUUCAACAGAUGAGAAAAAUGGAGUUGGGGACAGAAAAAGAUGAGAGCUGGGGGCUGAAGCUCAGGACAGAAGCCAGGACCCUCUUUCUAGCCUCCCACCCCACCCCCACCCCUCACAGCACAGCCACCCACCAGAAUUCCAGGGGGGGUGGGGUAAGGGUAAUGUUGUGAUUUUGAAACACAAAGGAACAAUCCCUCUCUGCCCCCUCCACAAAAAAGAUCUCCCCUCUGUGACUGGGGCGGAAUCUGUUAACAGCCCUGUCAGGAGACCCUGGGAAGCUAAAAGCAUCCCUUUUUGGCUUUGAUGUCUCCACAAGAUGCCUCCUUUGAAAGCUUGGAGACAGCCCUGUUAUUUCCUCUGACAGCCCAGUGAAAAGCUCUGAAAUGAGAAGUGGCGUCCCCAGUCAAAGCCCAAAGGUGCGAUGAUUCCUUGAGAGCGAGCAGCUCUUGAGCGCUCCCUGGGCUCAGCGCACUGACGCCCCCAGUGCCAGGGACCCUCAGCCCCAGGAGGGGUCUGCAGUUGGCCUCCUCCCCUCGCCCCACCCCCAUGCCUCCCUAGGGGGGUCAGGAGCCGAGACAUGUCCUCAUCCCGACAGCCAGGCUGCGAGCAGCCACCGCGAGAGAAGAGUUUCCAGGGAUCAGCCUGGCAGUUUGAUCCAUUUUUCCUUCCCCCAGGGGCUGCGGGCCACUUGUAGGGGGAAAGGUCAGGAAAGGCCACCACCUGUCUCUGGACAUAGGGUGGGAAGGACAAGCACAAGACAUGACAGGGGGAGCCUCGUAGAGCCUUGCUGCUCGAAGCGCGGCCCACCUUUGCAGCAGCGUCCUCUCCUGGGAGUCAGAAACGCAGAUCCACAGGCCCUGCCCCAGGCGUGCCGAGUCAGACUCCGUUGUGACAAGAUCCCCAGGUGAUGUGUCUGCACAUGAAGUUUGUAUCCCAGCUCUGCUGCUCCAGCCUGUGUGAUUUUGACCAAGCUCCUUGACCUCUCUGAGCCUCAAUGUCCACAUAGGGUUUUUGAGAAAUGAAACUUAGCACUGGGCAUAUGCUAAGCCUUUAGGGAAUGGGGGCUGCUGCUGUUACUGAGAAAAUGGUUACGGGAGAAUCAGCGCGGCCACAUUUAAACCCACAUCAUCCAGCCAUUCUGUGGUGGGGAAGGAAAGCCCGAGUGAACGGGAGAAAGUUCCAGAUGAAAAGGGAAGAGCUCCCACCAUCCUACUUUAAGGAGAAACUUGGAGGCUGGCGGGAAGAGUGCCACUUAGCAGCCUGGGCCUUGACUGUUUAAUUUGGGGUUGGUUAAGAUUAUUGGCCAUCUGCUCGGGGUGAGGAUUCUCACCUUCCCUGGUGUGCCUCGCUUCCUGCCAUCCCACCCCGCCCCCCGCUUGCCUCGGACCCUCUGUUUCCGGAACCCUGCCCUGAAGGCCGUAGCCCUCUCUUGGCAGCAGAAUGAAAUCCCAGCUCCUGAGGGUGGUGUUCAAGACUCUGCAGCCUGACUUGUUCAGCCUCCUCCACUGCUUCUGCCCUCAAACCCCUGCCCUCAACCUCAGUCCUUGUCACUCCUCGCAUGUUUGCUUACUUGCUCUUGCUGUCUGCUCUGCCUGGGAUGACUAGAUCCCUCUGAUUGGAAUCACUCUCCCUUCCCUCCCCCCUUGAAGCCUGCUUAUCUGGGGGAGGCUGUGUGGUGUUGUGCCAAGAGCACAGGGUUGGACAGACUUUGUUCAAAUCCCAGCUUCUGCCGUGAACUAGCUAUGUGACCUUAGGCAAGGCACUUACCCUCUCUGGUCUUGGUUCUUUCAUCUGCAGAUGGAGGCUAAUCACAGCUGCUUUGCAGAGCUGUUGUGAAGACUCAUUAAGAAAGUAUGGAGAACUUCCAUUAACAGAAAUGAUUACCAUUUUAUUUCUAGGAAGAGGAAAGUUACCUCCCCUGUGAAGCCUUUAUCUACCCUUCUUCUACCCUGCCCCACAAAAUUAAGUAUGGCCUCCUCUGGGUUUCAUAAACUCUUUUUUCUUCCUGUAUUUGCACCAUUCAAUUCACAGGGUCCACUGUCACCUUCUCAUGGAGGGAGUCCUUGACCACCCUGCUUAAAAUCACAGGUUGCCCUCCUGCACCCCAAUUCUGUUCCCUGCUUGACUCUUCUCCAUAGUGAACUCCACACAAGCGGUGAUUUCUGUCUGUCCCACUGCUAGGUGUCCCCUCGGCACCUGGAACCCCAUCUGGCGCCGAGAGGUGCUCCAUCAGUGUUUGUUGACUACUUGAAUGAACCACUUUUUGUGCCAUCAAGGGGUGUUAAGGUGACAGUGCCCUGCCCAGCUGUUAGGGGCUAAAUUGUGCUCCCCCAAACUUCGUUACGUUGAAUUCCUAAGCCCCUAUGCCUCAUAAGGUGACUGUAUUUGGAGAUAGUCCUUAAAGCGGCAAUUAGGUUAAGUGGGGUCCUGAGACUGGGCCCCAAUCCAGUCUGACUGGUGUAUUAGAAGGAGAGGAGAUGAGGACACAGAUACGCAGAGAGCCCGUGUGAAGACACAGGAGAAAGACAUCCAAGGAGAGAGUCUUCGGAAGAAACCACCCUUGCCGACACCUUGAUCUCAGACUUCUAGCCUCCAAAACUGAGAGAGACUAAAUUUCUGUCGUCUGAAGCCACCCAGUACGUGGCCCUGAGUUAUGGCAGCCCUGGGGGACUAAUACGCCAGCUGGAAGCUUCUUGAGCACCGGGCUGCAGCUCCUUCAUCUCUGUAGCCACAGCUGUCCAUGGGGUGCGGGCCCGCCCCACGCCCAGGAAGCCACGGCCUGAUAGAAUCAGACUCUGCUCGCCACAGGGAGGGGAACGCUGGAAGAAGCACCCAGCAGUGACGGAGAAAGCCCUGCGCAGACAGCCAGAAAUGGCUUUCUUGUCACUGUCUCUAUAAGCUGGUCAUUUCCUUGCGAUGUUGUUUAUUCCAAGGCGUUGGCAUUCCCCAUUCUGGUCGGGGGUUCUUGGAGGUGCGUAACCAAUGCCAUACUGCAUCAAAGGAAAACAGAGUCGAUGUCCAAAACACACACACAGGAGGCGAUAGUAUUUGGAGCUUUGGCUUCCUUUUCAUGUAACAUGCGUGUCGUGCUCUUAGUUGCCCCGUGAGGGGUGGCACUCCCGGACAGAAGGGGGCGGCACAGAGAAUGGUCCCCCCUGAAGGUAGGGAUGUUUCUUGCUCCAGGUGGGUGGUGGUCUGCCGGCUGGCUUGGUCUCCUCCAGCGCAUGGAGCAGCCCUAGGGACUGCCUUCAGGUUGGGGUAGGGUGUGCCUGUGCCCAGCUCAGACCCAGAGGCAGCGUUUCUUGCAGCUCCAUCAGUGGGACCCUAAGAGAUGAAUUUUUCAAAGACUCUGUGUUUUCUGAGCUUUCCCCCUUCUCUCUUUUCUCCUUCCCUCUUGCCACCUUCUUAAUCUGCUCUGGUUUGGAUUCCUGGCUGCUGAGUAAGUUUUAGAAGAUACUGUUUAUUUUGAGCUAGUUUUUGGAAUACUGAGACACUUCCAGGCCAUUUGACUACAAUUUGCCUCAUUUGGAGGGCUCACUUGUCAGAAGAUUUGCAUAAUUCUGAUGAUGGGAAGUUUCUGUAAGGAAUAUCUUUUCUCCCCUGCAUCUACUCCUGCCUGGCAUCUUUGUUCUGUAGGAAGAAAGUUUCCUAUUGCUCCCUCUCUUUUGAAAAUUGUAACUCAAAUGCCCUGAGCCCCUUGGCCAGUGGAUGCAAAUUUAGCCAUAAUUCUGUUCUGCCAGUAGUGCCCCUACAAAACUUUAGGAUCUCCCGCACCUUACAAAAUUUCCCCACUCAUGUCUCCCCAACACAGACAUCCAUGUGUGCACGUACACGCAUGAACACGCACGCACACACUAUUAAGCAUUUAUAUGACGUGUUACCACACCUCAUCGCUGUGUGAGCUGCAAUUCCCACAAGGUAGCCUCCCUGCAGUUAAUUUAAUAUUUAAACAAUAUUUGUGGAAGGCAAACUAAGCAUACCAUGCGCCAGGUACUGUUCUAGGCUCUGGGGAAGCCACAGUGCAAACUUUCUGCCUUUGUGGAGUCUCUAUUGUAGGGUAGCACCGUCCACUAGGACUUCCCGCAAUGAAGGAACUCUCCUGCACUGUUUUUUACAGCAGACACCAGCCAUGUGUGGCCGUUGAGCACUGGAAAUGUGGCUUAUGUGACUAAGGAGCUGAAUUUCUAAUGGUAUUUCAUUUUAAUUAAUUUAAAUUCUAAGAGGCACGUGUGGCUAGUGGCUAUCAUAUUGGGCAGUGCAGUUCUGGAAACAAUAAACAGGUAGAUACUCCUCCCUUUACCAUAAAAUAUAUAAAUAUGAUAACUGCUGUUGACAAGUGCCAUGAAGAAAGCCAAGGUAGAUAAGGAGGUAGGGGCUGGGAGGCGUUAUUUAUGGAGGGGCAGUGGUGAGGGAUGGCCGUCUGUGGAGGUGACUUGUCAAUGAAGAUCUGAGAACCCAGCAGCUCUGGGGGAGUGCCAUGGCACAGGCGCCUGGCAGAGCCGCAGGAGCGUGAUGGGCGCCAGGGGGAGAGGAGGCAGGGGCUGGGACAGGGUUCCUGUGCACCCUUGGUGGAGACGAGCUCUGGAAGAGCACAUGUGAGAGGCCAGAUCAAGAGUCUGAAGGUGGGUGGGGAAAUGGAGGCUGGAGGUGGCAGUGUGGGCGUGGUCAACAGAAGGACACGGCUGCCUUCUGCUCUGGUUUGGCCGUGUCCUCUCCUCAUCACGCCCCACCACCACCCCAUCACCAAGGGACCCUCAUGUCACUGCUGAGAAUUUGACCAGCCUAAAAAUGCCGGCGCUCUAGGCCUAGAGGGGCCAGGUUCUGGGCUCACAAUGGGGGAGUGCCCCUCUCCAAGUCCUGCUCAGGUUUGUCACCUGAGCCCCUAAGCAGAUGGGUGUGGGCCCAGAGUCCCACAGAGUUGCUCACAAAAAUAAGUUCUUCACUUCUGCCCUUAAUCCCUCUCUUUAGUGGGACUCAGACCUAGGCUAGUGGGAUGGGCCAGAGAUGAUAUGCCGUCUCUUUUCCCUGCCCUUCCUGGAUGUCACCUGUCAUCAUUUCAAAACACAUCUUCUUCCUUUAGCCAUGAAACAAAAGGACCUCCUGUGCGUCGGCACGGUUCCCCAGUCUAAGCUCUGUUAAUAUACCCUACUCCUAAUAAGCAAAGUAUUCCUGUACUUCCAAAUUAUUAUUUGUUUAGUGAAGUUCCAAUCAAAAUUCUAAUAGGAUUUUAUUUUGCAGAUGAUACUGAUUUAUGAGAAUUGAUUUAUGGGAUGAGAAAAAUAAUCAAGAACUGUUUUGCAAAAGAAUAGUAAUGAGGAGGAAUGCACUCUAGCAGAUAGUAAAACACACUCUAAAUAUUUGAAAGUUUUUUAGAAGCAAGGUGUAAAUGCAAGGCUCAAUAGCUAGAUCUGACACACAGAUUAGAUAAUCCAGAAACAACCUAGUAAAGGUAAACAGUUAGUGUAUGAUAAAGGUGGUUUCUCACAUAUUAGUAAGAAAAGAUAACACCAUUAAUGCUACUGAGAUGGUUGGUAAUUCUCAAGAAAAAUGGUCAGUAUUGUGUCUUACAGCUUAACCCAAGAUAAAUUCAAUACCAGAUUAGUUAAAUGUGAAAAAUAAAGCUAAAACACUCUUAAGAAAACAUAGAUUAACAUAUCUCAGCUAUCAAGGUAAGGCAUUACUUUCGAAAUAUAAAAUUACUAUGAAAGAAGCCAGGCAAGAAUGAUAAACUUAUUAUCUGAAACUUAAAAUUUCUAUAUUAAAUAUUAAUUUAUACCAUAUACAAAACCGAAAGGUAAAUGAUAGACUGGAAGAAUUUUGCAACAAACAUAGUAAGGUAUUAGUGUUAUUUACAGGGAGAGAACUCUUGCGAAUUAAUAAUAAAACCACUAAACACUGCAAUAUGAAAAUGGCAUAAACAGGCAAUUCACAAAAGAAUAAAAAUGACAAGUGAAUUUUUCAAAAACAGUUCAACCUUAGUAGCAAUCAAGGAAAGCACAAAAGCAUAUUAAAACAAUUUUCCCCUAUCUCCUCGGCAAGGCUUUUUAAUGGUAAUAUUUCGUGUAGGCUGGGUUGUAAGUCCAGCCCUCUCAUACACUCCCUGGGGAAAGGCCAGAGGAGGAAAAACUUGGCCAUGUGAGUCAAGAGAGCCACUUCUAGGCAUCCACCCAAAGGUGGUUAUCAAAGAUAGGAACUAAGGGUAUUCACUGCAGUUUUGUUAAUAAGAGCCAAAAAACAGAAAUAAGUCCAGCAAAAGUCCAAUCACUGACUACAUUAUGUAUGGGAUAGCCUUUCAAUGUAAUAACAUGCAGCCAUUUUUAAAACCAUUUUGCUCAAUAUUUAAGGAAAUGGGGAACCAUUCAAGUGAAAGGAAGGAACUACAAAACUAAAAUAUUGAAGGUGAUUGUUUUUUUUCUUUUUUCUCUCCUGUAUAUUUUUCUUACAUUUUCUGGAUUUUCUGAAGUGAUUUUGCUUUUAUGAUAAGAGGCAAAAUGUUCAUAUCCAUUUUCUGAUGCCCAUAUGAAUUUCACCUGCCUGCCCCGGGGAAGAGUCUUGCUUCUGAUGCACCGUAAAUAAAAGCAGCUUGCAAGCCCAGCCACAUUUCAUCGGCAACAUCCCCUCCACCACCCCACCCACCACUUCAGAAGAUUUUGAUACCCGUGUACCUUUUCUGUAUCCCUUUGUCUCUAGAUGUGAAAUGCUGACCCUUGCCCUUGUUUGCUUGCUCUGGGCCCGUUUUCACUUCCUUCCCAAAGAAGGGAAGAGAAGAAGAAUAUGAUCUUUCAUGUUCACAAGCACCCACUCUCACGCCAUCUGUGCAUACAUAUGAUGCUCCCUGGCGUGUUUAGCGAUUGGUGCAGUUGCAAUUUUUUGUGCUGAAAUCGUUCUGAAAACUCAAAACAGUAGACUUCAGCAUUCAAGGGAAGCCAAAGCCAUUUGAGGGGGAAUAAAGCCAAAAGCCUUUUAUCUUAUUUGUUCCAAGAAUUUCGCUGCCCCCCUCCCCACCCCUCUCCAAAAAUAAGCCAUUGCACACAGACAGGCAGCAUGGCUAGCAAACGAAAAUCUACAACUCCAUGCAUGGUACGGACAUCACAAGUAGUAGAACAAGACGUGCCCGAGGAGGUAGACAGGGCCAAAGAGAAAGGAAUCGGCACGUCACAGACCGAUGUGGCCAAGGAUAGUUGGGCAGCAGAACCUGAAAAUUCUUCCAAAGAAAAUGAAGUGAUAGAGGUGAAAUCUACAGGGGAAAACCAGUCCAAAAAACUCCAAGGAGGUUAUGAAUGCAAAUACUGCCCAUACUCCACACAAAACCUGAAUGAGUUCACGGAGCACGUUGACAUGCAGCAUCCCAACGUGAUUCUCAACCCCCUCUACGUGUGUGCUGAAUGUAACUUCACAACCAAAAAGUACGAUUCCUUGUCUGACCACAACUCCAAGUUCCAUCCCGGGGAGACCAACUUCAAGCUGAAGUUAAUCAAGCGUAAUAAUCAAACUGUCUUAGAACAGUCCAUUGAAGCCACCAACCAUGUCGUGUCCAUCACCACCAGUGGCCCCGGAAGUGGUGACAUUGAUCCUGGGAUCUCGGUGAGUAAGACGCCCAUCAUGAAGCCAGGGAAACCGAAAGCGGAUGCCAAGAAGGUACCCAAGAAGCCCGAGGAGGUCCCCCCCGAGAACCACAUGGAAGGGACUGCCCGCCUGGUGACAGACACAGCUGAGAUCCUCUCGAGACUGGGAGGCGUGGAGCUCCUCCAAGACACGUUAGGACACGUCAUGCCUUCUGUACAGCUGCCACCAAAUAUCAACCUUGUCCCGAAAGUCCCCGUCCCACUAAAUACUACCAAAUACAACUCUGCCCUGGACACAAAUGCCACCAUGAUCAACUCCUUCAACAAGUUCCCUUACCCGACCCAGGCGGAGUUGUCCUGGCUGACAGCUGCUUCCAAACACCCAGAGGAGCACAUCAGAAUCUGGUUUGCCACCCAGCGCCUAAAGCACGGCAUCAGCUGGUCCCCGGAAGAGGUGGAAGAGGCCCGGAAGAAGAUGUUCAAUGGCACCAUUCAGUCGGUACCCCCAACAAUCACUGUGCUGCCUGCCCAGUUGGCCCCCACAAAGAUGCCGCAGCCCAUCCUGCAGACAGCGCUACCAUGCCAGAUCCUCGGUCAGACCAGUCUGGUGCUGACUCAGGUGACCAGUGGGUCAACGACCGUCUCUUGCUCCCCCAUCACACUUGCUGUGGCAGGAGUGACUAACCACAGCCAGAAGAGGCCUUUAGUGACUCCCCAAGCUGCCCCCGAGCCCAAGCGUCCUCACAUCGCUCAGGUGCCAGAGCCUCCACCCCCUGUGGCCAACCCCCCGUUACCCCCAACCAGCGACCGCAAGAAGACAAAGGAGCAGAUAGCGCAUCUCAAAGCGAGCUUCCUCCAGAGCCAGUUCCCUGACGAUGCUGAGGUCUACCGGCUCAUCGAACUGACCGGCCUUGCCAGGAGUGAGAUCAAGAAGUGGUUCAGUGACCACCGGUAUCGGUGUCAAAGGGGCAUCGUCCACAUCACCAGCGAAUCCCUUGCCAAAGACCAGUUGGCCAUCGCAGCCUCGAGACAUGGCCGCACGUACCAUGCAUACCCAGACUUUAUGCCGCAGAAGUUCAAAGAGAAAACACAGGGUCAGGUUAAAAUCCUGGAAGAUAGCUUUUUGAAAAGCUCUUUUCCUACACAAGCAGAACUGGAUCGGCUAAGGGUAGAGACCAAGCUGAGCAGGAGAGAGAUCGACUCCUGGUUCUCGGAGAGACGGAAGCUCCGGGACAGCAUGGAACAGGCUGUCCUGGAUUCCAUGGGGUCCGGCAAGAAGAGCCAGGAUGCGGUGGCCCCCAACGGUGCUCUGUCUCGACUUGACCAGCUCUCCGGUGCCCAGUUAACCAGCUCUCUGCCCAGCCCUUCACCAGCAAUCACAAAAAGUCAAGAACAAGUUCAUCUCCUGAGGAGCACGUUUGCAAGAACCCAGUGGCCUACCCCCCAGGAGUACGACCAGCUAGCGGCCAAGACAGGCCUGGUCCGAACUGAGAUUGUGCGCUGGUUCAAGGAGAACAGAUGCUUGCUAAAAACUGGAACCUUAAAGUGGAUGGAGCAGUACCAGCAACAGCACGUGGCGGACGAUCACGGCUACGACACCCUAGCAAGGAAAGCAACAAAACCCGUCACCGAGAGCCCAAAGAACGGAGGCGAGGUGGUUCAGCAAUGUUGCAAGGACCCCAAAAAGCUCUGCGAAGAGGACUUGGAGAAGCCGGUGCCCAGGGCGAAAGUGGGCGGCGAGCAGGCAAAAGACGGUUCUCCAGCAAAGCCCACGGAGGCCGCCUCGGACAGGUCAGAGGGCAGUAGCCGGGACGGCCCGGGCAGCGAGGAGAACGAGGAGUCGGGCGUGGUGGAUUACGUGGAGGUGACCGUCGGAGAGGAAGAUGCCAUCUCAGACAAGUCGGACGGCUGGAGUCAGACCGCAGCAGAAGGCGUGGCAGAACUGGCCGACUCGGACUCCGACAGCGUCCCUGCCGAGCCUGGCCGGGCCUAGACAGGGAAGUCCAUCAGAACUGCUGUGCUGAUGAAGGGACGCUGUGUCUUUGAAGGAAGAAGAGAUCCUCCCUCCCAGCUGCGGGCCACCCUCCCCAGUGACUCCAAGUGGAACUACUUAGCUCUCGUGUGCCUGGAGGGUGCGGGAACCCCAGCUGCUCUCACGUGCACCUCCCAGAGGACCGGUGGGAAUUGUUCAUAGUGCCAAAGUCCUACUACUGCGUUUUCAAUGGGUCCUUGUAAAUAGUUUGCUCCUCUGCCCUGGCCCCCACCUCUUGCUAUACUGGAACUGAUUUGUAUACUGUGGGAAUUUUGUUACCUUUUUAAUCGAGGGCAACUUCCUUUUCCAGCACUACCAUUGAAAGGUUUUUUUCCAAGAGGGAGGGCUAACCACGUUGCUUUUCUUUUUUCUUUUUCUUUUUUUUUUUUUCUUUUAUUAAUUUGGGGGAGGGAGUGUUAGUAUUAGUGCCAUGCUAUCUACUGGAUUUUAGGUAGGGAGAAUUUAUUUUUCAAGGUAGUUUGAAAUUUGGGAGAUUUCUGGGCAGGAAAAGGCUGAGAUCCAGGCCUCUGUCUCCACUAGGAGAGAGUUUACAGAUGGCAGAUCUUCCGGAUCAAAUCUGCUUCCAGUUCUUCCUCCAGCUGCCUUUGGGGAUGCGUGCGUGGGCAGGGCUCUCUCAGCUGCCAAAUGUGGGUCUGGCUUGGCCUCAGAGGUGAGAUGGGGCCCAGCCAGCACCAGGAGCAGCACGGGGCAACAGGUGGCUGACCUCUUUAAGCACCUUUUUAAAUACCUGCAGAAAGGGCUCCCAUGUUUGUUAGCAUUGUCAUGACUUUUGUGAAAUUAAACAACAAAAAAAGAUCUUCCUAUCUAGAUGGUACAAAGAUGAACAGCUUUGGUUUUCAUUUCUCUUCUUAACUGCCUUUUCUAGGUGGGGUAUUUGACAAGAUUUCAGCUUGGACCCUCACCAUGAAUUGAUUUUUUUGUUUGUUUGUGUGUAUGUUUGUUUUGGGCCAAUUUUAGAUACCUGAGUGCACUUUUUUUUUUUAGUUCUGACUUUGAAAGAAGGAAAACCAAGAGACAUAUCCAGUGUAAAUGUUGCGAUAUGAAUUAUGUUUGCAAUCCCUUUCUCCUCUCCCACUGCCCCCAUUUGAGUACACUGCACAAAUAAAAUGCUAGGGAGUUUGAAUAAAACCAAUUUUUCUAACUUUGUUGCUCAUUUGUUGUAACUCAAUAAAGCAGAGACUAAACAUUUUUAUAACC